AUGACCGACUCAAAGCCACCUACCGAGCCCCACCUUCCGCCUGAGAUACUAGAUCAUAUCGUCGAUUACCUGCAUAGUGAUGCCGCAUCGCUGCUGAGUUGCGGGCUGUGUUCGAGGAACCUGCUCAGAGUGAGCCGAUAUCAUCUCUUUCGCGACAUGAUAAUGAAGCUCUCUGCCACCGAUCUCUUCUCCUUGCUCGGCCUCUUAAGGUCUCCCGCAAACCGCAUUGCUCCGUUUGUCCAAAGAAUCGUCCUCUUCAACGUCCCUGCGUUCCUCCGAACACACGGCAGAGCAGACGUCGUUCGCGCUAUCCGGAUCAUCCCCCAUAUUCUCGCCCUCCUCCCCCACGCAUCCUCUCUCAAGCUAUGCCACUCAGACCUUACACGCCUCCCGGAAGAUCUCUUCCUCCAACUCUUCCAUCACUUCCGCAACUUCCAGGGGACCUUGCACCUCGAAGCCGUGCACUUCCAUCGCUUCGUGGACCUGGCGAAUCUGGUGACGGGCUUCAAGCUUCUGCGCCACGUGUCGGUGAACUGCGUCUUAUGGGCACAUCCCAGUCCGGCCACGGAUAGACUCCUCCUGAGGCAAUCGCUGCAAGCUGCCUCUGCACGUUGGCAGAUCCGGGACGCUGGGAUCCGCUACCAGGAUUUGUUCGAUUGGCUAAAAUCCCAAUGCCCGCCGGCGCCCGUCGAGAGCAUGUACUACCACGCAGAGACGCCUAAGGCGAGGUCCGAUCUGAAUGAUUUUUUGUCCUGCUGCGCUUCGUCACUACGGCACCUGACGUUGUCCUUUCCCGCGUGCUUGAAGAAGACUCGUUUCGCAGGUAAGACUAUCUAUCUCUUUCACAUACAAAGCCAUAACGCGUGGCCAAUAGAAGUGAUUGACGACUACGGUGAUACGAGCGACUGUACCAACCUCCGGUCCCUGCGUAUGAAGCAAGUUAUGCUGGUCCCGGCCACAACGGUCUCGCGACUCCUCCAAUCCCGAAUAUCAAGAAUCAUCGCAGAUAUCCCAUCCCCUCACCUCCUAGAAUCUAUUACUUUAGAACUUCACGUCUCCACAACUUUUCCUCUCGAGAAGAGCCUGCAGGAGUUCGACUGGAAUGGGCUCACUCGUUUUCGGAAUCUUCGCAGGAUAACACUCCUCGUCGAUCCUGGCCUCUUGGCGGAGUUCCAGGACACGGUCGUUUCGAUCUUUCGUGCCAAGUUACGUCCUCUGGCGGAUGUGAUGACGAUAUCGCACUUCGACAAGGCGGCAGAAGAAUACGAGUAG